AUGGCUGAUGCAUUUUAUCUCCGUUACUACGUUGGGCAUCGUGGCAAGUUUGGUCACGAAUUUCUUGAGUUCGAGUUUCGGCCAGAUGGCAAACUUCGCUACGCUAAUAAUUCCAACUACAAAAAUGAUACAAUGAUUCGAAAAGAGGCAACUGUUAGCAAAGCUGUCAUGGAAGAACUAAAGCGUAUUAUUGUUGAUAGUGAUAUCAUGAACGAAGAUGAUGCGAACUGGCCAACACCUGAUCGCGUUGGUCGUCAAGAACUCGAGAUUGUAUGUGGAGAUGAGCAUAUAUCUUUUACGACGUCCAAGAUUGGUUCACUACUCGAAAUAAAUAACUGCAAAGAUCCAGAAGGCUUGCGCACAUUUUACUAUCUUGUACAGGAUCUAAAAUGUUUGGUAUUCUCCUUGAUUGGACUGCAUUUCAAGAUCAAGCCUAUAUAA